AUGAGCGCGUGCGCUGCGGCCGCCAUGCGCGAAAAGCACGCGGCGCCGCGCCGCCUCGCCUCCCCGCCAUCCUCCCCUUACGAGACCCACGCCAGCCCCCUGGGCUCCCCGCGAGCUGACGAGCCGCUAGACCUCCGAGUCACCCACAAACGCCCGCAGAGAAUAGAAGAUGAAAACUGCAAUCUGAUCACGCCCUCACCGCCUCCACAUCCGACCCACCCUGCUCAUCCAGCGCAUCCAGCACUUCUACAGUUCUGCAGGAGAUUGCCGCUGGCACUACCCGCCUCGUUCGGGCGAUACCCAUUCUUACCCGCAGCAGCUGCGACUUUGCUUGCACCGGGGUCUCCCAGACCUCCACCUGUGCCUCCAAAUCCUGGACUGAACAGGGCUCGCGAUCGUUACACGUGCUCCUAUUGUGGCAAAGCAUUUCCACGAAGUGCGAACUUGACACGACAUUUAAGGACCCAUACAGGCGAGCAGCCAUACCGGUGCAAAUAUUGUGAGCGAUCGUUUUCAAUAUCGUCGAACUUACAACGGCAUGUGAGGAAUAUUCAUAAUAAGGAGAGACCAUUUCGAUGCCGUCACUGUGACCGUUGUUUUGGACAGCAGACGAACUUGGACAGGCAUUUGAAGAAACACGAAAGUGAAAAUGGAGAUGAUACUCGUAGGAGGUCUCCGGAAGAGACAUACUUUGAAGAGAUUAGGUCAUUUAUGGGCCGAGUGGCACCAGCUCGGAGAACUGCUGCGGCAGCUGGUGCCAGUGCUGCAGAUCAUACUUGAUAGUGACAUGUUCAGCAACAUAAUUGCUAAGAAAUCUCGAUGGUGAGCUACUAUCAUUAGAGUAUACAUAAGACUAUCUUUAAAACGUUGUGAACGAUUAGACUAAGAACCAUUUAAAUCUCUGUUUCAUAACUUAUGAAGAAAUGUGGUUUAUUAGCGUAAUUUAACCUAGCAGCAUUUAUUGUUUGCACAAAUAUACAUAAUUAUUAAGGUAGUUAUGUAAUUCAAUUUAAUUUGACUAAUUCUAAUAUUUGUUCAUUGAGAAAAAAAAAUCGAUCCAAUUUCUUUCAUCUUGCUGAGCCUUAUAUUUGCAAACAAGAAUCAUAGUAAUACUAAUUAAUGUUAAUAAUUGCUUCUGGAUCAGUAACUAACUGAUUAUUUGCAGAAUUUUGACAUUGAUCUAAAUUCAUUUCUAAUAAAUCAGAUCAAAUCAAAUCAAAAUCACCUUAUGUAAGUCUCGAAAAUGAACCUUAUGAAUGUAAAAAAUAUAUUUUUCUCUCUAGAGAGACUUCACUAAUACAUUAUACACUAAUUGUAUGUAUUCUAACCUUUUCAUGUAGCCUAAUUUUAGGUACUAUAGAUCUGACUUCUUUUCAGUGUGUACAUCUCCGAUUGAACCGUUUAAUAUCAAUGAACAUUACAACUACUGACAAUCAAAUAUGAAUUCUUGUUGGAAAACACCAGCUAUAAUAUUAAACUUAAACAUCUGCUAACGUUAUUUAUAAAUUAUACUCAACAAGUUUGUAGAAGAAAAAGUAUCUUAAAUUUAUUAUCUACCAGCUAUUAAAAGCUAAUCUAGAAAUGAUACCUACUGAUGUAUUUUAGUGUAAAUAUCUUUACAUUUAAGAAAAUACUGCAAAUAACGUAUACGAAGUUUUAUUAUAUAGAUAGACAUUAAAGGUUAUGUCUUCCUUGAUUUAAGAGUUGUUCCAAGUGUUCGAUAAGUUAGACGUAGUUAUAAAUAGCUCAUAAAAUGUGUGAAUGUAAUGUAGUAAUGUAAUAUUUUUGUAAAUUUUGCUUUGUAUGAUGUUUUUAUAUUAGAAAUUUAGUCUGAGAGAAAACGCCGGUUACCAUAAACAUUAGUUGUUGUUAAUUGAAGAUAUUAUAAAUAUUUUUUAUUGAGUGUUAGAAAAGUAUAAUCUGAUUGAAGUUUAUCUGAUGUUAGGUAAAUUAUUAUUUUUGUUUAGACGUAACUGCAAGUAAUAUUAGGCCUGUUAUGUUUCAACAUAUUAUGAAAUACCAUGUUAAUAAAAAUUUUAAUUGACUAUAAAAAGAUGUUUCGCUUAAUCAACUUUAAAAUUAAGUUGAAUAAACUGUGAUUUAAGUUAAUUACUUGCUGAAAUUGGCAUAUUGAAAUGAAAAUUGAAAACAUGUCUUAGACGAAGUCUCUCAAAGAACUAAUUUAAUCGUUCCUUUAAGUAUAGAUAGAUCUCUAUUAAAUGUUACGAGUGUGAAAAAUUCUAUUUUGUAAAUGUCUGUAGGACUAUUUAUGUGGUAUUAGUGGUACUAUACUAGUAAUAAACCACUCCAAUAUUAAAGAACACAACAAGCUCUAAGUGACCACUUUAAAAUUUUUAACAACAAUGAAAGUGUAUUCAUAAAAUUGUAAUUAUUUCUAAUUUUGUUAAGAAUUUAAAUUACUAUUCUAUGCUUCUAUUGCGUGCUCUUUACAUAUUACUUUUUAAUUUAAAAUUCUCGAUUCUUCAUUUUCUUCAGUUCUUAGUGAGUUUAUAUUUUAAUCACUUUUAUUAAUAUCGUUAGUUCAUGGUUGGAAAACAUAUAUGCUUGUUGUGUGUCAUGCUUUAAGUUUGAUGUUGCGAACAGUGGUUGAAAAUAAAUCUAUUAAAUUAAUAAAACAUGUUCCUAUGUUUUAGACUCAUAAAAAUUCACGCAUAUUUUUUAAAUUAUCUCUUCUAAAUGGUUUACUAUUUUCACGAUAAAAGAUAUUCCUCUCUUCCUUUUAAUUUAUACCAAAAUUUAUGGAUGAUGUGGGAUUCGAACGAGGGUCUCCCGGGCCACGUCCAAGCGUUCUUUCUAAAUUUGGUACAAAAUAAAUCUGUUUAUUUUAUCCCAGAUAUCACUUACAAAUAACAAACUGUUGGACUUUUUUUUUAACUGAGACAAUGUGACGAGACAAGAUGUUGACCUGAUAGUGAGUGAUACGCCCUGCCCAUUAAUGCAAUCAAGAUUCUAUAAAAACCCAAAAACUAAACGUAACAGCUGGGAUUACACUCGUCACUUUGAGUCAUAAGAUGUCAAAUCUCAAAACCCCAAUAGUUUCACUAGCUACGACACCCUAACACAAUAAUGCUUUGACAUUAUUUACAGAAAAAGAUACCGCUCAUCAUACUACGUACUCAUGUAGCUUUUGUCAUUCUGUGCAAAGAAGCCUACUUCUAAAAGUGUUUGAAAUUCCCAAAUCUAAAAUAAAAAUCCAACCUAUCUGUAAUUAUUAUUUAUUUUUCUCCACUGUACGUUGCAUCCACUUUGAAUACGAAGUACCUUUUUUAAUCAUAUUUCCAUUAGAUAAUAUUAUGAUAUAUACAAUGUUACCUUGUAUCGGUUAAAUGUGCUUGCCAUCUAUAUGUCUGUUUAACAAAUUUAAUGGAUUUAAAUCUAUUUGUACAACCUAUGACUUUGUUUCUGUAUAAUAUUUCUUUAGGCAUAUCGGUCUAUAAAAGGAUAUUAAAAUACAAUAGAAUAAAAAUAAAAAUAUAUACUUAUUUUCUUUUACAAUUUUGUUUAUAAACAUAAAACUUUAUAAUCAGCAAUUUCUAUUUUGAUAUUUGAAAUUGAUAGAACGCGUUACUCGCAACAAAAAAUCUCAUUAGUGUGAAAGUGACAGCUUUAUCGGCAAUACUGUUCCCUCUGUUCUGUUUACCUAUAUUCAUCCACGUGUAUAUGUAAAAAUUUAAAGUUAUAAUAUUAUAUCGCUUCAAUGAAAUGAAAUUUUUUCUGCAGCGCAAAUGUAUAGUAUAGAAAGACAUAGAGUUUUUGACGAUUUAAAUUCAUUAAAUUUUUAUUUCCAAUGUCAAAAUAUUACUUAGAUAUAAGACUAUGCUUGCAAAAACUAGAAAAUAGAAGUAUACUGGGACCAAAUUUAAUUUCGAAGUUCUAUGAGAUGCUACUUAAAUUAUCAAUAGGUUAUUAAGUAAUAGAGAUUAUAAUUUCAUUUUGUACUUUUGAUAAUAAUAUAAGUCGAUCGAAGGUCACCAAUUACCUUAUCAAAAUGAAUUAAAUAAUAUAAAUCUUA